AUGGCGUCCCCCCUCCACAAAUGGCUCUUCUCUCCACCGCUGUCGCCUGCCGAUUACUCUCUCCCAUCACACGUCAAGCCGCUUGACGCCUCGUCCGUCUUCUCCUCGUCCCUCGUCAACGUCGAGUCCCAGCGCUCCCGCAAUAACGCACGCAUGACCGGACGCGGCCACUCCGUGCUCGCCGGCAUGAAGCCGAUCGACAUCGAGGCCGCGAAUGCCUCGGGCGAGUACCCCGAGAAGCGUUCGCCAGUCAUGCUGUCUCCGCUGUUCUCGCCCAUGCUCAAGGCCAAGGUUGCUCACUACGUCCCCCGACCCGUACAGCGCUUGCUCGCUGUGCUGGCCGCGUUCCUCUUCUUCGCCACCGUCAGCAAGUACACGACGUCGCUCGCUGCUGCCUCUGCCCACCGCGCUGCCGAGAGGAACUCCGUGCCUCCGCAGGCCGUGCGCGCUCCUGCCCACCCCCGCGCGAACAGGCCCGACCCGCACCCUCUCCCUCCGUCUCACGAGUUGCUUGCGCUUCAGUCGUUCAUCCUCGAGUCGUCGCAUGCCACUCUCGCUCCUGCUGUCGAUGGAUCUAAGCCUCUGGACGCUGUCAUGCUCCUCGGCUCCCCUGGUGCGCGCCGUUUAGGUGGCACGGACAGUGCGCAGGAGCGUGCGUGGCUGCAGUCGCUUUCGGAUGAGAAUAGCGCAAAGGUCGUGCUGUGGUACAACGCUGAGCGCCCGCCGCACUACGCUCUCGAGGGCGUCACGGCGCGUCACGGACAAGGCCGCCGCGCGUCCAUGAUCAACACGCGCCAGCGCCGCGACGGCGACACGGUCAACGCCGUUUUGAAGCGUCUCGGACACGACCUCAGCCGCAACCCCAUCCUCGUCGUCGGAGGGGAGGUGUUCGACGCCUCGCCAGAGCGUAUGGACGAGCUCCGCAAGAGCGGCAAGCUGCACGAGAUCCUCGUCAGUAUGGGCUGGACUGCAUAA